AUGCAGAUGGCAGCGGCAGUGGCCCCCACCGACGCCCCGGCCUCGGCGGCUCCGGCGGCGCCGCACCCCCACCCCCACCCCCACCCCCACGCGCACGCCGCCGCCUCGCCGCACCCGCACCCGCACGCGCCACCACACCCGCACCACCAUAUGCCGCAACCGCGGUGGGUGGUCAUCCCGUACCCUCCGCCACACCACCCCAUGGUGGCCGCGCCGCCGCCACCUCCUCCGCAGUUCGUCAAGCAUUUCGCGCCGCCGGCCUCGGUAACGCCGCCGCCGCCGCCCGCUGGAUCCGGCGGGAACGGGGGCGAGGACAACCGGACCAUCUGGGUGGGCGACCUGCAGUACUGGAUGGACGAGAACUACCUCCACAGCUGCUUCGGCCCCAGCGGCGAGGUGGUGAAUAUUAAAGUCAUUCGCAAUAGACACUCGGGAGUUUCCGAGGGUUAUGGUUUUGUAGAGUUUUAUUCGCACGUGUCAGCAGAGAAGUCACUACAGAAUUUUUCUGGUCAUGUAAUGCCUAAUACUGACCGGGCUUUUAAGUUAAACUGGGCAUCAUAUAGCAUGGGAGAAAAACGCAUGGAACUUUCAUCUGAUCACUCGAUAUUUGUUGGCGAUUUGGCUGUUGAUGUUACUGAUGAGAUGUUACUGGAGCUUUUUUCUAACAAAUACCGAUCAGUGAAAGGAGCUAAAGUUAUUAUUGAUGCAAACACAGGCCGUUCUAGAGGCUAUGGCUUUGUUAGGUUUGGAGAUGAUAAUGACAAAACUCAUGCAAUGACUGAAAUGAAUGGUGUAUACUGUUCCACAAGACCAAUUCGUGUAGGACCAGCGACUCCUAGAAGAUCUCAAGGUGAAUCUGGCUCUUCUCCACCAAGGCAGUCUGAUGUUGACUCUACUAACCGGACGGUAUAUGUUGGUGGGCUUGAUCCCAAUGUUAGUGAAGAUGAACUGAGGAAAGCAUUUGCAAAAUAUGGUGAUCUUGCCUCUGUCAAAAUUCCUUUUGGGAAGCAAUGUGGGUUUGUUCAAUUUGUAAACAGAGCUGAUGCUGAAGAAGCACUGCAAGGGCUGAAUGGAUCAACUAUUGGGAAGCAGGCAGUUCGACUUUCCUGGGGCCGCAGCCCUUCCAGUAAACAGUCUCGGGGUGAUUCUGGCCACCGGCGCAACGGCAAUGGCAAUGGCAUGUACUACGGGACACCAUUCUACGGUGGAUAUGGCUAUGCCUCACCGGUUCCCCACCCAAACAUGUAUGCCGCGGCCUACGGAGCCUACCCAUACUAUGGCAACCAGCAGCUAGUGAGCUGA